CGGGUCCCCGCCACGGCCCGCGCCUCCGCCGCCCCGCACCCGCGUGGAGUCCGUGCGAGCGCGGCCGGGGCGGGGCCCUCGCGGAGGCGGCUUCGGACAUGGUCACUCUCGGCUGAGUUUGCGGCGCGACUUUGAUUAUUGGCAGAUAAUCGCCCUGACAAUACGAGCCCCGGGGCUGGCCGCGCCGCGCGACGCUCCGCGAGCUGCCCACGGCCGCGCCACUCGCCACCGGCCCCGACCGCCAGCCGCCAACGCGCAGAUGGAAAAAUCCAAAAAUUUCCGCAUCGACGCGCUGCUGGCCGUGGACCCCCCGCGGGCGGCCUCCGCGCAGCCCGCGCCCCUGGCCCUGGUCACGUCGCUCGCGGCCGCGGCGGCCGCCCCCGGCGGCGGCGGGGCGAGCGGCGGGGCGAGCGGCAGCUGCAGCCCCGCGUCCUCGGAGCCGCCCGCGGCGCCCGCCGACCGGCUGCGCGCCGAGAGCCCGUCCCCGCCGCGGCUGCUCGCCGCGCACUGCGCGCUGCUGCCCAAGCCGGGCUUCCUGGGCGCGGGCGGCGGCGGGCCUGGGGGUCCCCACCACGCGCACCCCGCCGCCGCCGCCGCCGCCGCCGCCGCCGGGAGCCUGGCGCUGGGGCUGCACCCGGGCGGCGCGCAGGGCGGCGCGGGUCUCCCGGCGCAGGCGGCGCUCUACGGCCACCCGGUGUACGGCUACUCGGCGGCGGCGGCGGCGGCGGCCCUGGCGGGCCAGCACCCGGCGCUCUCCUACCCGUACCCGCAGGUGCAGGGCGCGCACCCCGCGCACCCCGUCGACCCCAUCAAGCUGGGCGCAGGCACCUUCCAGCUGGAUCAGUGGCUGCGCGCGUCCACCGCGGGCAUGAUCCUGCCCAAGAUGCCGGACUUCAACUCCCAGGCGCAGUCCAACCUGCUGGGCAAGUGCCGCCGGCCGCGCACCGCCUUCACCAGCCAGCAGCUGCUGGAGCUGGAGCACCAGUUCAAGCUCAACAAGUACCUGUCGCGGCCCAAGCGCUUCGAGGUGGCCACGUCGCUGAUGCUCACGGAGACUCAGGUGAAGAUCUGGUUCCAGAACCGGCGGAUGAAGUGGAAACGCAGCAAAAAGGCCAAGGAGCAGGCGGCGCAGGAGGCGGAGAAGCAGCGCGGCGGCGCGGGCGCGGGCAGGGGCGCCGAGGACCAGGGCGCCGAGGAGCCGCCGGGGGAGCAGGCCGGCCGGCGCCCGCGGGGCCUGCGGGACAGUGAGGCCGAGGAGGACGGCGAGGACGAGGACCCCUUCCCCUGCGGCAACGGCGCCGCCUCCUCCGACUGCUCCUCCGGGGCCGACUCCCCGCCGCCCCGGGCGGGCCGCCAGCCGCCGCCGCAGUAGGUCCGGCCGCCUGGCCCCGCGCCUCUGCCGCCGCCCACGGCCCGGCCGGGCGCUGGGUCUGGGCCGCGGCACCGCCUGCCCCGAGGGGCCAGCGAACGUGAACUCGGUUCUGCCCGGAGUUCGGGGGCGGGACGGCGUGUGCGGAACCGCCGGGGCCGGCGCCCCGCUCCCCGCGGCUGGAGACGGCCCGGAGCCCGGGCCCCGGGAGCGCGGAGAGGAGCAGGCUGCGGAGCCGUGCUGAGGCCCGUCACCGGGAGCCAGAGCCGCACGUCUAUUUUUGU